UUAUUUCCAACCUUUUCUAAGGUCACUCUACUCAUUGAAUGAAAAAUAUCAACAAAAACUUAUUUGUUUGUUUUAAAGUGCAGAAAUAACGCCACAAACUAGCAAUCACAUUUAACCAACGCCGCAACGAAGCAGAGGAUUGUGGGAAAACUUACGGGUUUAGAGCCGAGAGAGAGAGAAGUGAGGAGAGGAGCGACGUACGACAGCGCGUUACUAAAUUAUUUAUUGCACAACAAAUAAAUAAAAAAAAAUCAAUCGCUCAAAUUGGCAGCCGAAAAUAGCUUGUAAACAAACCGAUCGCUAGGAAUAGGAAUCGGAAAGAAGCGGUCUCGUCGUCAUUGACCCAGAAAAACGGCCGCUGUCGCUGCCAUUGCCAAAACAUAGCAACCAGUACUUCCCAGAUCGAACGCCGGACACGUGAAUCGGCAGUAUGGCUAGCCGACAGAUGACCAACGACCACCUGCGCCUCUCCUGGCACGACACCCAGAUGAUGGCCACCCUGAGCCCGCAGAGCGUCAUGGACUACUUCUGUCGCAAAUCCAAUCCCUUUUACGAUCACAUAUGCAACAACGAGACCAUUCGGAUGCAGCGUCUGGGACCAGAGCAUUUGCACAACAUGAUCGGCCUGGAGUACAUCUUGCUGCAUGUGGCCGAACCCAUUCUGUAUGUGAUCCGCAAACAGCAUCGCCACAAUCCCUCGGAGGCGACGCCCAUCGCCGACUACUACAUCAUCGGCGGCACUGUCUACAAGGCCCCCGAUCUGGCCAACGUCAUCAAUGCCCGCAUACUCAAUACCGUUGUGAAUCUGCAGUCCGCCUUUGAGGAAGCCAGCAGCUAUGCCCGCUACCAUCCCAAUAAGGGCUACACCUGGGACUUUUCCACCAACAAAGUUUUGUCCGACAAAUCCAAGGGGGACAAGAAGGACGCCAAUGCGGCGAAAGAGGAAAAUAGCGGUACCCUGUUUCAGAAGCAGCGAGUGGACAUGCUGCUGGCCGAAUUGCUGCGCAAAUUUCCGCCACCCAUUCCGCCCAUGCUGCAGAACAUUCAGCAGUCGGCGAUAGCGGGAGAAGAGAUCAAUGCGGCCACUGAAAUGAACAAUGCCACGGGACCGCUGGACAUCAAGACCGAGGGAGUGGACAUGAAACCCCCGCCCGAAAAGAAGACCAAGUGAUUAUGUUAAAAGUGCAUUUAAACUGGGGGAAGAGAUUAAAGUACACUUAACUAAGA